AUCACGAGAAUCCUAACCCCUAAUUCACCUCUAUAAAUUACACCAUUCCCCCACAGAUAUUUUCUUCAAUUCAAGUAAAUAACACAAAAUCAACAUAAUUACCAUCUUAAUUCUCCUGCAGAUUUCCAUGGCUCCGGUGAUUACGAGAAUAACCGAGAAAAUAGCGAAACCAGUAACGAAUGGGCCGGGUUCCUCUGCAUUGGGCCGGGCCUACGUCACUUUUUUGGCGGGAAAUGGUGACUAUGUGAAAGGUGUGAUUGGAUUAGCAAAAGGUUUGAGGAAGGUCAAAUCGGCGUAUCCGCUGUUGGUGGCGGUGCUACCGGAUGUUCCGGCGGAGCACCUCCGUAUGCUGGAGGAGCAAGGCUGCAUCGUUAGGGAGAUUGAACCUGUUUACCCACCUGAAAACCAAACUCAAUUUGCAAUGGCUUAUUACGUCAUCAACUACUCUAAGCUUCGUAUUUGGGAGUUUGUGGAAUACAAGAAGAUGAUGUACCUAGACGGUGACAUUCAAGUGUAUGACAACAUAGAUCAUUUGUUUGAUUUGUCGGAUGGUCAUUUGUACGCAGUGAUGGACUGUUUCUGUGAAAAAACAUGGAGUCACACGCCUCAAUACAAAAUCGGCUACUGUCAGCAGUGUCCGGACAAAGUUAAGUGGCCUACUCGUGAAUUGGGGCACCCGCCAUCCCUUUAUUUCAACGCUGGAAUGCUUGUGUUUGAGCCUAGUCUUCCUACUUAUGAAGAAAUCUUGAAUAAACUUCGAAUCACCCCUCCUACUCCUUUUGCAGAGCAGGAUUUCCUGAAUAUGUAUUUCAAGAACAUCUACAGACCCAUACCACUAGUGUACAAUUUUGUUCUAGCUAUGUCAUGGCGUCAUCCCGAGAAUGUUGAGCUGGAUAAAGUGAAAGUUGUACACUAUUGUGCAGCGGGAUCAAAGCCAUGGAGGUACACAGGGAAAGAAGAGAAUAUGGAAAGGGAGGACAUAAAAUUACUGGUGAAGAAGUGGUGGGACAUUUACAACGACGAAUCUCUGGACUACAAGAGACCGGUUGGCACGAACCAGGUGAUAGGUGCAGUGAACCAGCUUCAACCACUGAUUGCUGCUGCUAUGGCCCAGGCUGGCGCGGUCAAAUACGUGACAGCUCCCUCCGCUGCUUAAUUUUGGUACAUUAAGUUAAUUAAUGUAGCAUGCCCCACGUACCAACAAAUGUUUGAGAGGGAUGGAGAGGCAGAGGAAGUUGUUAAUAGUUUUGCAAGUUCUUUUAGGCAAAUGAAGUUGUGGAUGAUUCGCUUGUCACUUUCGAUUUCGUAAUAUUUUAAUUGAAAUGUGUGAGUCGGUUCACAAGAUAAUGCAAGGUAUAUUUGGUGUACUAGAGUUUGCUUUUGUUCUUCAUUGCACACCAUUCAACUAUUUACGGAACAGUGGACUGACGAAAACAUAUAAAAAU